AUGUCCAAGAAGAGAAAGAUUGAUGCACAAGGAAGGCUGUUUCACGAACGAUGGGAAAACGAAUACCUGUUUGUACUUCAAGGUGAAAAACCGGUAUGUCUUGUAUGUUAUGAGGCGGUGUCGGUCGUAAAAGAAUAUAAUCUACGUCGGCAUUUUGACACCAAACACGGAGCUCAGUAUGCUAAAUUCAGCCUCCAAGAAAAACAAGGAAUAGCAGCAGAAUUAAAAGGCAGACUGCAGUCGCAGCAGGAUGUGUUCAGAAAAGCUACGGGCAAAAACGAUGCAGCAGUGAAAGCCAGCUUUAUCGUGGCCGAAGAAAUCGCCCGAGCUUCAAAGUCUUUUUCAGAGGGUGCAUUUUUGAAGCAGUGCAUGCUGAAGGUGUGUGAGCAGGUGUGCCCCGACCAGAUACAGACUUUUAAAAAUGUCAGUUUGUCAAGAAACACCAUCGUGGACCGAGUUAAGGAACUGGCGGGAAAUCUCUCAACACAGCUGGCUGAAGAGACACGGAGCUGUCUAGCUUUUUCAUUAGCUGUGGAUGAAAGCACAGACAACGUGGAUACAGCGCAAUUAUCCAUUUUUAUUAGAGGAGUGAAGCCGGACCUCUCUGUCCUCGAAGAGCUGUUGGAUGUAGCCGCCAUGCAUGGGACCACAACGGGUCGGGACAUUUUUGAGGCAGUGGAGAAGUCCGUAAGUAAGCUUAAAUUGCCGUGGGAAAAGUUGGUGGGACUAACUACAGAUGGAGCACCUGCGAUGCGUGGAGGAAAAUCAGGCUUGGUUGGACGAGUGAAGGAGAAAUUGCAAGAAAGUAACUGUCACACGCCCCUGAUAACCUAUCACUGCAUUAUCCAUCAAGAAGCUCUGUGUGGAAAGGUUCUGGAGCUGGAUAAUAUAAUGACCACGGUCAUGAAAACAGUGAACUUUAUUCGAGCGCGCGGCCUGAAUCACCGGCAGUUCCAGCUGCUCUUGCAGGAGAUGGGCUCGGCGCACGGAGAUGUGCCGUACCACACAGAAGUAAGGUGGCUGAGCAGGAGCAAAGUCCUCAAACGAUUUUUUGAGCUGAGGGAAGAAAUUGGUUUUUUCAUGCAGAGCAAAGGAAAACCGUUGCCUGAACUAUCAGAUCCAAACUGGCUGUGUGACUUUGCUAUGUUGUGCGACAUAACCGUGCAUCUCGCUCAUCUGAAUGAGAAACUCCAGGGACGUAAACAAGUCAUCACACAGAUGUCCGACAUGAUCACAGCUUUCCAGCGAAAACUCGAUCUAUGGAAGUGUCAGGUGGAACAGGACAAUCUCGCCCACUUUCCUGUUUGUCAAAGCAUCUCAGCCUCCAUUCCCGGUGCUUUUUCAUGUUCUCGGUUGGCUACCAAACUGAACCGGUUAAUGUGUGAGUUUGAUCUGCGCUUCUCUGACUUUAAAGCGCAGCAAUCUGGUUUUGACAUUUUUACAAAUCCUUUCACCACCGACGUCUGUAGUGCACCCCAUCACCUUCAGAUGGAGUUAAUUGAGCUUCAAAGUGACAGUGGCCUGAGAGCAAAGUUCCAGGAUUCUGCAAUCGAGGACUUUUACCGUCUCCUGCCCCCUGGUUUGAUGCCACAGCUCCGACUUCAUGCUGCUCGUGUUCUGUCCAUGUUUGGGAGCACCUAUCUGUGCGAACAGAUGUUUUCAAUAAUGAAUGUAAACAAGACCAAGCACAGAUCACGCAUCACCGAUGACAACCUGCACGCUGUUUUGCGGAUUGCCUCAGCACAAGACCUAAAACCAGACAUUGACACCCUGACCAAAGGAAAACGGUGCCAGACAUCCGGCCAGAAAAAAUAG